AUGGCAGACCGAUUCCCCUCGCUGGAGGAGUUUGACUCUGGUGCACAAACCGAAGCCGCAGCUUUUGACGGAGAUGACUUCCUCACUCGCGAGAAAGCACUGCUAGGUGACGACGCUGACCAAUUCGCGACCGGACGUGAUAACGCCGCGUUUGUGGAGGAUGGAGAUGAUGAUUUGCUGGGUGGAGGAGGUGGUGGUGAGGAGGUUACGGAGUUCGAGAGCUCGUUUCCUGCUAUUGACUCGCGGAAUGAGGGCGUAGCACCUGGCGGCUCCAUCACCUACCAAUCCGGCUACUACCCACCCCGUGCCGACGACGAAGAAGAGCCCGAAGUCAUCAAGCAAUGGCGCGAGCGCCGCGACCUCUCGCUCCAAGACCGGGAAGCCCGCUCGCAAGAGAAGAAGAACGAGACCGUCAAGGCCGCCCAGCAGAACAUCGACGACUUCUACGAGAACUACAACUCGAAGAAGGAGAAGACGAUUGCGCAGACGCGCCGCGAUGCUGAGGAGUUUCUGGAGAGUAGGGAGGAUACGAGUGCUGGUGGAACUAGCUGGGAGCGUAUUGCAAAGUUGGUCGAUUUGAGUGGGAAGGGUGCGAAAGGUGGUGCGACGGGGAGUGAUAAGGCGAAGUUUAGGGAGUUGUUGAUGAACUUGAGGAAGGACGAAAAGGCGCCGGGUGCUACGGGUUAUUAA